ACUGUUAUCCGCCCUAUGCGGCAUGCACACCGCGACCAUUCCCCCCAGCACCGACGCGCUGGGCACUCCGUCCGCGCUCGACAGCGAGGAUCGAACCAGGAACCCCGCGCACAGGAAGGACAGCGCGCUGGACGGCACGCUGGAUGGCACGCUGGAUGGCAGGCAGGGUGAGGCGGAGGCGAGGUCCGACGUGAAGCAUACCGUGCUCGAGAGCGUCAAGAAGCUGCUGGGCUCUCAGCUUGCGGCGAUUAAAAACGGAGAAAUUGGAGACGAUGAUACUCCAAAAAAACGACCCUCAAAAGUGAAAAGCAAGUUGCAUCUGAUUUCCAAUCAAAAACAUAAGACGAGUCGAAAAGAUGAGAUUGCAGAGGACGGCAGUUCAGAUGAAGAUUUAGGAAAACCCGAAAUUAUCAAAGUGUUGACUGACGAAUCUAAUCAAGAUCUCGGUGAUGAGGCACUAAGGGAAGCCGUCGAUGAGCUGUUAGAAGAAAACGGCAACGAAAUAAUAUUAGCUGAAAAUACACUGGAUCUAGAAAACAUACAGACUAAUAAUAAUGAAGAAAAGCUUGGCAAAGUUGCGAAAAGUAUCAUAAGAAACGAUAAAAAAGAUAGAAAAGGCAAUGAUAUUGACCAAAGAAAAAACAUAGUGAUCUUAGAACCUUUAAGAAAACUGAAUAGAAAUGAUGAUGAAGAUGAUGUUGUCUUAAAUGCAAAAUAUAAAUCUAUAUUCAAAGAUAGCGAUGAGUCUUUAAGCUUAGAAGUCUUGGAAGAAGCCAACGACCGUGAAAGUAUUAGUGAAAACCCGGAAACCAAGCAACUAAGUAAUAUGUUUUUACGUAGACGAAGCAGAUUUCCUAAACAGAAGACAUACAUCGCAAAAAAAUCAAAAAAUGUUGAUAAUUUAAAAGCUAGUGACCGCAGCAAAGUUGAUAGAGUAAGGCCCCUCAAUGUUGAUGAAAAAAUGCUCAAACCUGAAACACUAGGUAGUCGACGAGGAAAUAACGGUAAAACUAACACAUUCAUAGACUUAGAUGGCUUUGACUUUAAAAAGAAACCGUUUCAAAUCAACCUGCGGCAAAGUGAAAAUUACGAAGACCUAGUCGAUUCUAGUGAAGAAUCUAACGAAGACAUUUUUGGUGACUUACUAUAUCCAUCAACAAAAGAGGUCAUCGAAAAUAUGAAUAAAAAUAAUAACCGAAAUCUCAAACCAAUCUAUCAAAAAGGAAAACCGGCACAAGUUGGUAAACCUCGCAACAAUUAUUGGCCUAUAAACCAAGACAGACUUGUAAAUGAUUAUGAUGGUAAAUAUAAAACAUACGCUCAAAAAGAAACGCCUUUAAAGUUAAUAAAACUGAGCAAAAAAGUUCAGAAACCAACAGUCAGGUAUGUUUCUCCUACAUCAGAAGAAAAUAGUAACAGCUAUGAAGAAUCCAAAGAUACUACAGAUGUUGAUGCUAAUAUUUUUGACGAAGAUGGAAGAGUUACAAAAUUUAACGUAAAAAAUGAGUUUCAGGUGCAAGAUUCUCUUGUAAAUAAUAAGAGAACAGGAAAGCUACGAUCUGAUGACAAAAAGGAAAAUAAACGUAUUGUAAAUGCUUUAUCAAGGGACGGGGAAUACAUAAAUGAAAGAAGUAAGCCUUCAGAUGAGAGUAGUCGGGCAAAAACAAGGCAGACCAUUAGGAUCACUAAAGAUAAAGUUCGAUGUAGCGAGAAUGAUGAUGAAAGCGAUGAAAGUAAAAUUUUGCGAGAUCUUAUGCAAAAUAAGGAACUCAAAAAAUCUUUUACGUUUUCACUAAAUUUCACAACUCAAUAAAAAUACAUACAUAUAUGUAUAAACGAUCUCAAUUAGGUUACUAUAAAGAAUUAUGCUGUAUUUAUCAAAAUUUUGAAGCACUGUUAAUAUGUUCACAUUUAUAUUUUAAACAUAUACAUAUAUCAGUCUAGCUUCAUCAUAAUACAUAAUACAUAAUACAUAAUAAUAGCUUAGUAGGUAGUAACCCUGCCUAAUAAGCCGAGCCGAUGGUUUCAAUCCGUAUAAGAAAUGUAUAGUUUGAUCCACACAGAAACAGAUAUAAAAUAAAAAAAUAAAAAAAUAUUUAUUGCCACAACUAAGAGUAUUGUACAACUUAAUAACUUAAUACUACAUUUACAUUUACAGGACAGAAAAAAAAAUUAAUAAUAAUAAACGAAAGUACAAUUUAAUUUGUUCCUGACACGUGGAUGUUUCUUAUGUAUGUAUGUAGCUAUGCUUAGUUCGGGGCUAGGUUGAUCCUUAAACUUUUAUUUAUUUAUUUAUGAAUAAGCACAAAAUAAUUUGUCUUUUAUUAGAACAAUUGUAAAGUCAGUUAGGAAUAGCUGUUUUAAAAAUUCUAAAUCAAAUCAAUGAAAUGAAUGAAAAAAGCCACAAAAUGCAAAAGUUGUAUUAUAUACUGUACUUUGGACAUAUUUAUUUUCAUAUAUAUUUACUUAUUUAUAUAUUCAUAUAUAAUUCUACGGCAUGAUAAUAAUAUUAACUCAAAAGGCAAUGACAACGGAUUUGAAUAAUUUAAUAGAUUAAGUUCGCAAAUUAAAAAUACAAAAAAAAAUAUAGAUAUUAUGUAGUUUACGAGAAAAAAGUAUAAUAAUACAAGGAAUUUUUACUCUUAGUCUUACUUAUAACUAAGUGGCAGAGUACCGACGUAGUAUUUAUUGUACUCCUACGGUUUAUUAAUACGAAAUAACUGAACGAGCGAAAGCCAAAAGUGUCAGUUUCAGGCAAAAAGAUCAUUUGUUGAUAUGACAGAAAGUUCGGAAUUCUUUUGUUUGUUUUUAACGAUUCUCGGAAUUAGAAAUUGGAUUAUUAAAAAUAUUGAAGUUUAA